AUGGCAGAGGAUUCAGGACCGUCACUCGAGCCACAGGCCGUCAGCAGCGUCUCAUCCCAACAUGACUCUAUACCCAGCCCCGCCCCGCCAGUAACCGGAGCAGACGCAGAGGUACCCACAAAUCCAUCGCUAUCCACUUCCACCGAGAUUCCAACAACCACAGUAGAAUCCACUGUGCCGAUUGAUGCAGCCUUGAUAACAGAAGCUGCUGCGGAGGCCAGCACAGAUGCAUCAGUUCCGCCAUCAGGGCCAUCCUUCGAGAAUGUCGAAACACCAGCAGCGGCCACAACGAAAGCAACAGAAGAAUCCACCACAGUAGAGGAGGAUGAUACCGACUUUGUUCCUCCCGAUAUGGAACACAUCGUCAGUACUGGAGCUGCCCAAGACGCUGCUUCUUCGAUGCAAGCACUGCGAGAGCUUGUGGCUCAAGCAAGAGCAUCCUCGGGACAGCAGCGCGAAGCGUUACCACCAGGCUUUGGCGAUGACGAGAUCGCAGAGGACCCGUCAGCACCACAGGAACAGCGCGGAGAAAAGCGCAAGGCAGAGGAUGAGCUCGAAAAACUCGUCCAGUCAAGCACUGGAAUCGAUGAGGUGAAAGCAGCCGCCGAACAGAGCCAGCACCCAGAGACCAAGACGUUGCUGCAGAAAGCCCUUUCUUCCAUCUCUGGGCUCGUUUCACGCCGGCCGAAAGCCGACUCUGCGGUCAACUCACCGACAGCGACAAGUUCCGAGCAGGUCAGCGCGGUGGCAGAUGCAAAGCCGCUUGCCGACGGUGACGACGCUGGCGACGCUGACGAUAGCGAUGACGAGUCCAGCUCCGAUUCGGGAUCUUCGAGCAGCGAUUCAUCCGAUGAUGACGAUGAUGACGACGACAAUGUCAAGGCAGCCGUCGCCCUGGCAGCCGAUGACGAUGACGAUGAAGAAGGGGGCGGACCGAGUGGCAGCACAGCGCCAGUCACCAAGAACGAGAUUCUCGCUCCGCAGGUGGACCAGCCAGCAACACAAGAGCUCUCAGAAGCGGAGAAGCUGACUCUACGCAAGCUCGGCAAGGUGCACUCCAUCGUAGACAGUGUUGUCGUGGUGGAACAGGAUGUUCACCAAAACAAGCAAGCCGAUGGUGCGUCCGCCAGCGGCGCCUCCGUCCCCAUCGAUAGCACAGGCCGUCAGGGAGAGCGUCAAGGCGAGUACAGCGUACUCGACACGGGUAGCUUGCUCUGCUUCGAGGACGGCAAAGUGCUCGGUCUCGUGUUCGAGACUUUUGGGUCGAUUCACAACCCUAUGUACUCGAUCCGCUUCGCUUCGGCAGCGGCGAUCGACCGCGAGCUGGUCAAACCUGGCGAGACGGUCUUCUACCUUCCCAGUCAGAGCACGUACGUCUUGACGCAGCUGCUUCGACAGAUGAAAGGAAGCGACGCGAGCAACAUGUGGGACGAAGAGGUGGCCGAAGACGAGAUCGACUAUUCCGAUGACGAGCAGGAGGCGGAAGCCAAGCGCCGUGCGAAAGCCAUACGCUCUGGCCACGUCGAUGAUCAGGGCAACCCUCUGUCUGCGCCUUCUGCUCGAGGAAACAAACGUCAAAAGCAGCACGGAGCGGAUCAGCCACCGAACAAUGCGCCAAGACACCCUGCAAAUGGGUCCCUUGGUCAAAGGCCUGGACAUGUUGGUCCCGGCUCAAAUGGCGCCGCUGCGCGACCGAAUGGCCAUGGACCAGCAUCUUUGCCAAGGCGCAGUAUCGGCGGACCAAACUUGCCGUUGCCACCAGCCCCAGCAAGAUCUGUCCCAUCAGGCGCCGGUUCGCCGCAAGGAAUCGCCUCUUUGCCACCAAGGCCAUCGGCUGGACUGCCCUCCAAGCCAGCUUUUGCUUCUGACGCAUCGAUGUCCGCGCAUCGACCCUCGUACGAGCUGGGCAACGGAGCUGCUGUCACCGAACAGCAUUCGGGUAGCGCUUCAAGAUCGAGAAUGGGAAGCACAGACAGCUCUGUCAGUGGAUUCGGUCACAGCAGGAUGACCAGCGCAGCAGCCAGCAGUCUGCCUGCCAAGCCUGUUGACGCAGCAGCUGCGGCGACAGCAGCGUCAUCCGCUUCGUCGCCCCCCAGGACUAACGCAGCCGUGUCGCCAUACGGAGCCCAGUCACCACCGCAGGCUUAUCGUCCACCUUCGAUGAGGAAAGGCCCGUCUGCCAAUCCUGGCGCUCCCAACCACCACCAGGGCUCGCCUGCCUGGCACGCUGGCUUACCAAAUAUGUCGGCUCCUCCUGCAGGACAGCCUCAUUAUGGCGCAGCGCGAACUCCUGCGUACGGCUCAGCAGCGGGAGGACCGGUGGCGGUUCAAGGGGGCGGUCACUACAAUCCGGCGUAUGCUGGUCACUGGCAGCCCUCGUACGGCCCAGCAGCGACAUCAGCACGUCCAACGCACGCGUGGAACGGGCAGCAAUCGUAUCAGGCAGCACCUAUUCACAUGACGCCAGGCUCGAUGAGCCAUCAGUCUUACGGAGGCUACGGUGGCGGCCAUGCAGGAUAUGGCGCUCCCCCGAAUGCGUCUGGAGGUCAAGGCAAUGCUGGCAACACCUGGAGCGCGCAAGCGUAUCCUGGCUCGCACUACCCAGGCUACACGGAUCAGCAGCAAUACUAUGGAGCUCCGAGCAACGCAAGCAACACUGCAGGCCACAGCAAUCAGGGCUACUAUGCAACCUCAGCUCAAGCGUACGCAUACGGAAACGGCGGCUAUGCAAGCCCAGCUGCGUACGGCGCCGCACCCUCCAAUAGCGCAGCAGCGCCUUCGACACCCCAGCAGGACAGCUACGAUCCGACGAGCCCUUCGUUCAACAGCAUCAGCGGCCACGGUCAGAACCAGCACGGCGCUUCCAAUUCGUAG